UGUAUAAGUGAUGUAAUGCACAUUAAAUUGCAGGUUGAUGGCUUCUCCAUAUCUUCGUCUAGCAGCCAUUCUCCCUGCUCUGAGUCUGGUCAACGGAGGCCUGCCUUAAGGGACAGAAAUAAACAGGUUGACUACAAUGACUCUGCAAACCUGAAAAAACAGCUUCGAGGGGCCACAGUGAAGCGAAAAAGGCCUGUAAAAACAACAGGGAAAGAGCAUAUGAAAGAAGACAUUAAUUUCAGUGAUUUUGAUAAUUACAGUUUGGUGAUCUCUGACUCCCCAGUUGACGGAGUGAAACCUGUAAGUAGAUUGUCUGUUGAAACCAGUACACCCCUAGCAAAGAGGACAAGAAGGGCUAAGAAUAUUCAAGUAACAGAUCUGUCUCACAUUGAAGCUUUUGACAGUCCGGUGUUGGAUACCGGCUAUUCCAGUGUGCAAACUCCUGAAAGUGGCCAUAGCGCCAGUAUCUUCAACACGCCUUCACUUUGCUCCUCUGUAGGGUCACGAAACUGUUCAAGUCCAGCUAUUAAAUCAGGGAACAUAAGACAGACCCGUGCCAAUUGUCUUAUUCAGCUACAUAAACUUAGUCAUGUAUCUUUAUCUUACUCUGGCAGUUCAAAGUCCCACGCAACACAAAGUCGACUUAAUUGUGUUAACUCUAAUAUUAUUGAUAACUCUGCAAGCUUAUUCAGUUCUCCUGGCCUUCCACGGUUCACUAGAGUGACAGCUAAACUGCAGAAAUUGCAAAAUUCAGAAAUAUUUCCUGAUGGUGAGAGUAACGAAAGCGAUCAAAGUGAAGGAGAGGAAGAAGUGUCAUCAGAUGAAAGCAGUGAUCUUGCAGAGAGUAAAGAAGAAGAUGAGUUUGAGGAGGAUGUUUUAGAUGAAGAGGAUGAAAUUGAUGAGUCAGAAGAAGAGGGAGAAGAUCAGAGUGAUGAUUUAACAGAAUUGAGUGCAAUACAUGAAGGUGAAGAAUUGACAGAUGAAGAGGAUAGCAAUGAAUCAGAACAGAUAAGCAUUCCAAAUGACCAGUCCAAUACUAGUCAACAAUUUGUUAGAGUUACUAGAAACACUUGUAAAAAGAACACAAAUAAUAAAGCAAUGGAACCUUCUGUAGAUUUCGAAAAGUUAUCAGAGAGUUUGUUAAGUAAUCACAUCAAUGAAAGACGAGUCAAGAGAAAAACGAGGAGAAAGGUUGUAGCAGAUAAAGAAAGUGUUGAUGAAAUAAGUCAGUUGAUGGAGCAGUCCUAUAUUAAAGAGUCCUGUGAUUCAAACACAACUUUGUACUCCUUAGCAACAGACGGUAUUGCCUCAACUCAGGAGCAAGAUGAGAGUGAUGAAGUCGAAGAAGAAAACCAUGAUGAGGAUUAUAAUGAUGAUGAUAAUGAUGUUGAUGAUGAUGAUUAUGAUGACUAUGAUGGUGAUGCCGAAGGAAAGACUGAAGAAGACAAAAAACAUCCUUGUACCCCUCCAAGGAAAAAGUACAGUUUGAAGGACUCUCGGCUCCAGGAACUGCAAAAUUCUUUUUCGGAGAUCCUUACUCCAGGCCGCAGGAAGAGUUCCCUGGUUCCCCUGUCUGCCCAAGCUCGGGUACUGCUCCUGUGCGACCAGACCGAGCCCAUCACAUUCAGGGAUGCCUUGCCAGGAAAAAUGCUCUCCAAGUGCAAGAAGGUUGGGGAAGGGGUGUACGGGGAGGUGUUCCGAAGCACAAACCAGAAAAACGAGUCUGUAGCCAUAAAGAUAAUACCCAUUGAGGGCGAUCUAGAAGUAAAUGAUGAACCACAGAAGAAGUUUGCAGAGAUUUUGCCAGAAAUUGUGAUUGCCAAAGAGCUGAGUGGCCUGAGUAGCUGCAGUGGCUCCCGGACAGCCAGUUUCUGUCGUGUCAACGCCAUACACUGUGUGCAGGGCAAGUACCCCCUAGAACUGCUCAAACACUGGGACCUAUACCAUAAGAACAAGGGGUCUGAAAAUGACAGACCAGAUAUGUUUCCUGAACAUCAGUUAUACAUCAUGUUUGAAUUUGAAGACUGUGGUACAAGUCUAGAAUCCUAUGAGUUGACGACAAUCUCUCAAGGUAAGAGUGUGCUGACCCAGGUAGCCUACGCGCUGGCGGUGGCAGAGGAGAGGCUGCAGUUUGAGCACCGAGACCUCCACGUGGGCAACGUGCUGGUGAGAGCCACGGACCAGGAGGAGAUAGCCUUCAAACUGCUGGGCAGGACAGUCACUGUGCCCUCCAUGGGUAUCCAGGCCAGUGUGAUCGACUUCACCCUCUCCAGGCUUACAAAAGAUGGCUGCACAGUGUUCACCAACCUUGCGGAGGAUGAUACUUUGUUUCAAGGCAAGGGAGACUACCAAUUUGACAUCUACAGGACCAUGAGGAAGGAAAACAGCAACAACUGGGAGAGGUUUGUUCCUCACAGCAAUGUUCACUGGCUACACUACCUGGCUGACAAGGUCGUGUACAGAAGGAACUACCCCAGCCAGUCGGGGCGCCAGGACCGCGACACUGUCCGCCAGUUCAGACAGUUUAUGUCAGGCAUGUUGGAGUACAACAGUGCCUUAGAAAUGGUGGUUGACAGCCUCUUUCUUAACACCUGAAGAAUGAAGACUGGAAGCAAUUGCUAGAUUACAAAGCUUUUGGAAAUGGAAACGUUGAAUAUUGUCCUGUUUUAUCCGAAGGAUGAACACGUGAAAAUUUAAGCAUGCUUGACUUUGUCACUGAAGAAGGUUCUCAGUCUUUUACAGGUAUUGGAAAAUGGUCUUUAUAGUCAGUUUCGGAACAUACAAAGAUACAUGAUGUGUUGGCAAAAGUGGAGAUGAUAGGCAAUUUAAACCCGUGGUGGCUGAGCACUUGAAAUAAUAGAAUGUUUGUGCAUCUCAGUGUUACAAAAACUGCUAUUGAUAAUUUUUUCUUGAACACAUGACAUUUGAAAACCAAUAAACAAUGCUUCAUUACAAAGUGCUUCAACUAGAUUGACUUUUCCUUUAAGCCUUUAAGGAGUAAAAAUGUGCAUGUCUUGUUGACACAAUUUUUAAUGGUUUAUAUUUCAAAACAUGAAGGAUGUUAUCUUAUAAAAUAUUUUUUACAUGAACAGUAGCCAGGGAAUGGUUUAAGAAAUCUUGUUUGUUAAAAAAACGAAUGAUAAAAAUAUUCAAAAGGGGUAAACAUGUUUUGCUUGGUCACAAUAGCAGCAUCUCACUUCUUGUUUUGAAUAAAUUGUUUUUGGACAAGGAAUUAAUUUUUUAUGCAGCUUUGCUUUUAGCACCAGCACAGUUUUAUGUUUCAUAUGCUGGACUUUCUAAACAACCCCGCAUUGAAAGUUGACAAACAUGUUUUGGCCCUCAGAGACUACUUGGGUGCUUGUUGGUUGGUUUGGUUUGAUGUGUUUUCUCCAAGUGCAGUGAAAUAGAGCUGAAUACAGACAGCUAGUAUGAGAUCAAGGAAUGCACUUUUUAUGUGCAAAUUGUGUAUGAAAUUUUGGAAAAUGUUUCAGUUAGGGAAAGUAAAUAUAAAUUACUAAAUAUUUGGGAAACAAUUUUAAUUGUUGAACUUGCUAAGUAGCCAGAUUUGUUAUUUAAAGUUGUUUCAAUAUAAGCAUUAAUGAAAAAAUUAUGUAGUACAGUCAGUCAAUAUUACAACAAAUAUAUACUCUGGUCUGUUCCAGAGGUUUUAGAUGUGUUCCUAUGAGAAAUUAAGUUAGUAUGCUUCAACUAAAUGACAAGAAAAAUUGUACUUAAUUUUUAUUUUUAUCUUGAACAGUUUUAUUCUUAGUCAUGUGAUUUGAUUAUGCACACAGUAAAUGUUAUUAUGUUUUAUGAUGUUUUAUAAGUAUUAUUUUUUCAUUAUAAUACCACAUGAAUUGUCAAUAUAUUUUGAUAAUAUUUAGAUAUGAAUGACUCCGAGGACGAUACAUUAUGUGAGCAGGAGAAGAUAACUCCUACAAUGUAGUUGUGAUUUGAGUCGUAUCAUGCACAUGGGUCUUACGUCAUGUGUGGCUAGCCUAGCCUCAAACCAGCCUGCACAGCCGCACAGUCUGGUCAGGAGCCAUGCUGUCCUCUAUCUAUAAAGUCACUCAUGGUUUAGGCAGGCUGUCAAGCGGUCCUACUUUUUCAUCAGGGUCCUACUUUUUCCUAUUUUUUUACAUAAUCUUCCUACUAUUCCUACUUUUUCAUUUUAAAUGGAGAAUUUUUUUUUUAAAGAGUUUAUUUAGUUAACUUGCAGGAUGAAUAAAUCUAUGGCAUGACUUUAUCCCUGUUAAGGUGCAUUCAUCUAGAUGAGACCUGACAACCCAUGCUGACACCUCUUCAGGAAGUAUAGAUAUUUAUUUCUUAUGUAACGCUUGAAAUUAUUGACAAAAGUUGUUUUUUAUGUCCCCCACCACUAUAGUGGGGGACAUAUUGUUUUUGCCCUGUCUGUUGGUUGGUUGGUUUGUGUGUUUGUUUGUUUGUUUGCUCCAACUUUAACAUUUGCCAUAACUUUUGAAAUAUUGAAGAUAGCAACUUGAUAUUUGGCCUGCAUGUGUAUCUCAUGGAGCUGCACAUUUUGAGUUGUGAAAGGUCAAGGUCAUCCUUCAUGGUCAAAGGUAAAAAAAAAAGCGGCGCAGAAGGGGACAUGGUGUUUCUGACAAACACAUUUCUUGUUUUAAGUAACAAUAGUGCCUUGUUUACUCCCUUAGCAUUUUUACACUGCAGACUUCACUACCUUACCUACCAGUGAGGGAACCCAUUGCUUAUUCCAGUUUUAUUUUGUUUCCAUUGACAACAAUUUGACCAAACCUUAUGCAUGUUUACAUGAUAUUGCUGUUUGGAAUGUAGAGAUAUAGAGAUACAUGAUUGUAUUGUAUGAGUGGUUAUGUAAUAUGGAAUUUAUUGCACAAGCUAUUUGAAAAAGAAAAACUGAUGCUUUGCCGAGUUUUCAUUAUUUACAAAAACUAAAUGUUAUAAAUUCCGUAUAACAUGACAAUGAAAAUAAUGUUCUAUUGAUAACAUAGGUACACCAUGUCGAGAAAUUAAAGAUAAAUGCACAGAGCCUAAAUGCCCUGAUCCAUUUUCUGAUGAUGGCAUAGCUAGUGAGGUAACUUCAAGGUGUUACAGCGUAUUAUUAAAAAUAUUUAACAGCAUUAUUACACUCUCGCGACGUCAUCAAUGAUGUAAAAACAAUUAUUUGAAAAUGGAAUAAACAAUGUAGUGCAACUGUUUCAUUGACCAAUCAAUGAUGUCAUAAAAGAUGUCAGGUGAUAAGGUCCUAUCUCAUAGGCCGAUCCAGUGGGGGAGGGGGGGGAGUGGACACGGCGUACUAAAAUUGCCAAAGUAAAGUCAAUUCAUUUGAUGUUUCAAACUUAACUAGAUCUAAAUCACUUAUUUAAACUUGUCAAAGCCUUCAAAAUCAUUAAAAUAGUGGAGCUCCCGGGGGGCUUCACCCCCUGUACCCCCAAAACUAUAAACUAUGCACUUUUUGGCAUUAUAAUAAGGUACUUUGAUGAAAGUAUAUAAGGCUUGACGUGCUCGAGAAGUGGUUGUCAAAGCCUUCAAAUUAAUUAAAAUCAUGAAGCUUCCAGGGGGCUUAGCCCCCUAGACCCCCUAAACGAUAAACUAUGCACUUUUUUGCAUUAUAAGAAGGUACUGAGAUGAAAGUAUAUUAGGCGUGACAUGCUUGAUAAUUGCUUGUCAAAAUCAUUAAAAUUGUGAAGCUUCCGGGGGGCUUUGCCCUAACCGAUAAACUAUGCACUUUUUUGGCAUAAGAAGGUACUUUGAUGAAAGUAUAUAAGGCGUGACAUGCUCGAGAAGUGGUUGUCAAAGCCUUCAAAAUCAUUAAAAUCGUGGAGCUUACGGGGGCUGGACCUCCUUGCAGGGCUUUGCCCUGCACCAACCAAGGGGGCCGCAAGCCGCCCCCUGGACCCCCAGCAAAUCUUUCAAUAUCCCGCCACCCCUAACCAGAAAUCCUGGAUCCGCCCCUGUAUGUAUACCUGUAUCUCCAGUUGCAUAAUCUGCUCUGCAAUGACCAGUCAUUUCGAAUGUAACUUAAGUCAUUAUAAUUGAACCCUAUUGUCAAUUUAAAGGCUUCAAAAUGUAGCUGUAGCAGAGCAAUGACACUGCUUUAUAUACUAGUUUUAAUCUUGUACAACAAGUUGGUGUAUCACUAAAUAAAUUUUGUCUUCUGCUUAAGGAAAUAACAUGCACAAUAUAUUACCAUUUUUAACCAGGUUUUCCGAAGGAAAAAACUGGUUAUUAGAUUGGCGAAUGCGGGCGGGCUUGCUGGCUGGCUGGCGGGCGGGCGGAACAAGCUUGUCCGGGCCAUAACUUUGUCGUUCAUUGUGAGAUUUUAAAAUCAUUUGGCACAUUUGUUAACCAUCAUUAGACGGUGUGUCGCGCGAAAAAAUUACGUCAAUAUCUCCAAGGUCAAGGUCACACUUUGAGUUCAAAGGUAAAAAAUAGCCAUAAAUGAGCUUGUCUGGGCUAUAACUAUGUCAUUCAUUAUGAGAUUUUAAAAUCAUUUGGCACAUUUGUUCACCAUCAUGGUACGGUGUGUCGCACGAAAGAAUCACGUCAAUAUCUCCAAUGUCAAGGUCGCCACGACUACAAAUAGAUUUAUUUUAAAACAAACUUACAAAGGGGGUUAAUUUUGUUUGUUCAUUUCAAAAGUCCAGUUUGAGUUGUCUCCCUUUAUCAGAUUUUUUUUCACAAUGAAAACCUGGUUUUGUGACAAUUUUGUCCCUUGUUAUAUCCAUACACCUCUAACCACUUAUUUGAUGAUACUCCAAAAUGAACAGCAUCUAAUUAUACUUUUUUAACAGGGUAGCUUUGCUUGUAGCGUAAUUAUCAUAGAUACACUCGUGCUCUAUAAGUGCUAAAAUGCCUAGUGGGAAAACAAAGAUUAACCCUUCAUGGAUGAAGAAGUUGGACAAAAGUGGAAAAACACUUGGAUCGUGGUGCAAGAGAGAUAACGGCAAUGAGUAUGCAGGAUAUUGUACUGUCUGCAUGAAGUCCAUCUCGUGUAGUAAUUCUGGGGCUAAUCAACUGAUAAGUCAUGCAGAUGGACAAAAACACAAGGAAAACAUGAAAUACAUGCAUGAUAAUUCACAAAAGCGUUUGUUUGGAAGUUCUCCAAAGCCAAGCAGCUCUCAGGGUGGUGGGGCUAAAUCUAUCUGUAUGCAAGUAGAUCCAUCACACAAAGAAUAGAACAAAAGGCUGAAAUCCUCUCGGCCUUUAAGGUAGCUUCAAGUGGGUAUCCAAACAGAACAUGUGAUGGCACUCCUGCUCUGUUUCAAGCUAUGUUUCCUGGCCCUGUGUCUAAAGAUUUUGUAUUAUUAUCCCCCGCCAGAGGCGGAGGGAUAUUGUUUUGGCGUUGUCCGUCCGUCCGGCUGUCCGUCCGGCCGGCACUUUUGUGUACGGAGCCAUAUCUUGGAAGUUCUUUGGCGGAUUUCAUUUAAACUUGGUAUGAGUAUAUAUAUGCAUAAGAGGAUGAUGCACGCCAAAUGGCAUUGUACACCAUCUGUUAAAAACAGACUUAUGGCCCUUUGUAUCUUGAAAAAAUGCUUUUUAGUGUCCAGAGCCAUAUCUUGGAAGUUCUUUGGCGGAUUUCAUUGAAACUUGGUAUGAGUAUAUAUAUAUAUGCAUAAGAGGAUGAUGCACGCCAAAUGGCAUUGUACACCAUCUGUUAAAAACAGACUUAUGGCCCUUUGUAUCUUGAAAAAAUGCUUUUUACUAUAGGCACUUUUGUGUCCGGAGCCAUAUCUUGGAAGUGCUUUGGCGGAUUUCAUUUAAACUUGGUAUGAGUAUAUAUAUGAAUAAGAGGAUGAUGCACGCCAAAAGGCAUUGUACACCAUCUGUUAAAAACAGACUUAUGGCCCUUUGUAUCUUGAAAAAAUGCUUUUUUACUAUAGGCAUUUUUGUGUCCGGAGCCAUAUCUUGGAAGCGCUUUGGCGGAUUUCUUUGAAACUUGGUAUGAAUAUAUUCCCGCGCCAGAGGCGGAGGGAUAUUGUUUUGGCGUUGUCUGUCCGUCCGGCACUUUUGUGUCCGGAGCCACAUUUCCAGGUAUGUCAUGGCAGAUGUUGUGUUCACUCUGCAACACUCUGAAAAGUGAGCAUAUGUAAACGUUGAGUGUUUUUGUGGAAAACGCACGACUUAUUAAUUCACCUAAAUAAAUGGUGACGGCUUAAGAACCUUCCUUUGUCUUAGUUUUGUGUUAUUGUCCUCCGUCCGUCCAUCUAUCAUUAUGUUCAUCCGUCCAAUUUGCACCCAUCCUCAAACAAAGCAUAUGUUGGGGGGGAUACCUUGGGCCUUUCAGGCCCUCUUGUGUAUUCCUACUUUUGAGGGAAAAGAUCCUACUUUUUCCUAUUUUUUUCCUACUUUUUUUUGCAAAAGUAGUUCCUAUUUUUUCCUACUUUAAAAAAAAGGUCACUUGACAGCCUGUUUAGGGGUCGAAUGAGAGGACAAAAUAACUCCUGACCAGACUGGGUUGAUGUGCAAUCUGGCCUUUUAUUUCAAUUUUCACAUAAUGUGCAUUAAUUUUAUCCAUUUUAUUGUCCCCUACUGGUUUCACAGGAGGGGACUUAUGGUUUUCGCUCUGUGUGUCCAUCGGUCCAUCGGUCCGUCAGUCUGUCACACUUUUCUGGAUCCUGCGAUAUCUUUAAAAAAAAUUAAUAUCUUUUCAUGAAACUUGAAACAUGGAUGGAUGGCAAUAUGGACAUGAUGCAUGUCAUUUCAUUUUGUUCCUACAUCAAAAAUUCUGGAUGCCAUGGCAACAAAACCAAAAAUAAAAAAUCAAAAAAAUCUGACAAUAGUGGAAUUUCUGACAGUGGUGGAGCCGGUAGGGGACCAUAUUGCUUGACAAUAUCCUUGUUUAUUUAUAACAAACACACAAAAUUGAUUAUGCAAUUCCAUAUUAACCAUUUAUUAUUUUUCGUGAAACAUUUCAUUUACAUGUACAUUUAAAAACUUAGAUAUUGGUACUACAUAAGUUACUUUAAUUGUUAUAAUCAGACCAAACAUAUUUUAUUAUUAUUUAUUAAUCUUUAUAAACAUUUCUGCCAUUGGGUGAAAUAGCAAUUGAAUACAUAUGAAUAUAGAAUAAUGUAAUAAUGCAACGAACAAGUAAUUUCUCCUUCAUGUUAAAGACACUGAAGACAUGAUUUUGUUAAAUGCUUUUUCAUGCAUUUAUUUGUAUUUAUUGAAAUCUCCAUUCCAAGUCUCAGAAUAUAUGCAUAUUGUUAUAAAAUA